CGCACGGCCAGCGUGCUUUGCUGCCUCUGAAGAUCAUCUGUGUGAACUGAAAAGGAAGCGAUCAAAAAUUUAACAGAGGAGAGUGAGGCGGAAACUGAGAGGAAGGAAAGAAAGAAGCCUUUGGACUCUUACAGCCUGUACUUUGCACCGGGCCAACCUGUCCAUCACAGCCUCAAACAUACUCAUUACCACCACUGAACUGUGAAAUCUAUGUUGUAGUAAUUGUUAUAAUACAACUAAUAACCGUAAGGACUUCUUGCUGGAUUUUUCUGAGCUGUGGAAAUCCCACUUAUUCUCUCCUUGUUGCACAUUAAUUAAGCCCACUACCUGGUUAUUGAAAGCAAGUGUAGCACAGCACUGUACUAUUUUUGCAUGACCCACUGCUUGCACGAGUAUCCAGGAUUGCUUUUGACUUCGAAGAAGGACCCUUGAGCCCUCAACCAUCUUCUGACUGUCUGCCCAACUGUAGCAUUUGGGUGUGGAGCAGUGGUUUCAGAAUUAGGCCUCUGGACGCUCAUUGAAGAUGACUUGAGUUGGCAGGCCUAAAAGCCCCUUACCCCAGAGAGAGAGAGAGAGCUUGGCAGUAGGACACACACACAACACACAAAUGUGGGUGCCGAGGCGGCUUUGAGCCAUGCUGGUGUUGCUGCUUGCGGAGCCCUGGAGUACAGGCUAUCAUCAUCCCUAUCAUCAUUCACCCAAGCUGAGGAAGAUUCAACGGCCCCGAGGAGCAAGGCUACACUUGUGAACGAUUCAAAGAAGACUGGGAAACCGCGCUAACACACAGAGAUCCACAGAUACAUCCUCGAUCACAAAUACAGACACACCAACACAACUCUCUACAAAUCCUUGAUAGAAGAAAAACAAAGCUGCAGCGUACGUGAAAGGCACAGAGACUGAGCAGGAGCUGUGCACCAACAUGGCAGCUGAGAGUCUUGCUGAGCUCCGCGAUUGGCUCUUUCUGCUCCUCCUGUGCCUCACCUUAUUGGCUGAGGUGCUAGAACUAGCGGCAGCGGCAAUUGCCAUGGAGACGGGCGAGGGAGAUGAGGGCAUUGUUUGUCCCUCAGUGUGCCGCUGUGAUGAGGGUUUUGUCUACUGCAACGACCGUGGCCUCAGCAUAAUUCCUCCACUACCAUUAAUGGCUGCCAUCCUCUACUUGCAGAGCAACCGGCUGAGUAACGCCGGCCUGCCGCCCUCACUGGAACGCAGCACUUCCAUACGAGUGAUUUACCUGUACGCCAACCAGUUGGAUGAAUUCCCUAUACACCUCCCGCCUUCGCUACGGGAGCUCCAUUUGCAGGAUAAUAAUAUACGAACGUUACCGAGAUCAGCACUAGCCAAGUUACCAUUACUAGAACGUUUGCACCUGGAUGAUAACUCUAUAUCCACAGUUAGCAUCCAGGAGCGAGCUUUUUCUGGGACUCCACGGCUUCGACUGCUGUUUCUGUCACGGAACCAUCUGUCGAGUAUCCCUGCUGGCUUGCCAGCAUCCUUGGAAGAGUUGCGACUAGAUGACAACAGGAUCAGCACCAUCCCCACACAUGCCUUCCGCGGGCUCUCCUCCCUGCGACGCCUGGUCCUGGAUGGGAACUUGUUGGCUAACACACGCAUUGCAGAUGACACCUUCUCCCGUCUCUCCAACCUGACGGAGCUUUCGCUGGUCAGGAAUGCCCUGCAGUCACCGCCAGUUUAUCUACCGUCAGCUCACCUUGUGCGACUCCAUUUGCAAGACAACGGGAUGACUCAUAUACCACGUGGGGCGCUGGACGGGAUGCGGCGGCUCCAGAGGCUGGACCUGUCAGGAAACAAUCUGACCACUCUCCCACGAGGACUUCUAAAGGACACAGAAAGCCUGGAGCUGCUACUGCUGCGAGGGAACCCCUGGUACUGUGGCUGCAACCUUCGCUGGCUCCACGCGUGGCUGCACAGCCGUGGGGCAGGGGUGACCGUCAGGGGUCUGACCUGUCAGGGGCCUGAGCCUGUAAGGGGACAGGCCCUGAGAGACCUAACCUCCCUGAUGGAGCAGUGUGAAGGCCCUCCUGCAGGUCCCAGUACUGGCAUAGGGGUGAACCCAGCAGAAAAAGAUGGAGGAGGUGAAGAUGGUGUUGGAGGGGAGCAAGCAGUGGCUUCAGUCCCCCACGGCAGCACAACCACUUCCUCUCUGCUGGUCCCCACACAAGGUUCCCUCUUCACUCUGCGAGCCAAGCGGCCGGGCCUUGUUAUGCCUCUGCCUCCUGGUGAAGGUGGACAAGUAUCUGGAGAGGCUCUGGAGCUGACUGUAAAACCUCUCUCUUCGGACAGUGUACUGGUGAGCUGGCUGUGCCCGCAGCCGGCACCCUCCUUCCGCCUGUCGUGGCUGCGGCUGGGCAGCAGUGCAGCUCUUGGUUCCAUAACAGAGACUCUGGUACCUGGAGAGAGGAGGCAGUACCUCCUCACCCAGCUCACCCCUCGCUCCCAUUACCUCAUCUGCUUGCUGCCACUACGACAGGAAACUUCGUUUGGGGGUUCCAGCAUGGGAUCAUCUCGAGUUAGCAGCAUGGACACGGACACUAAAGACUCGGCCCCAGCCUGCGCUCAGAUAGAGACCGGAGACGCUCUGAUCAGCGCAGGAGGGGACAGGUCAGAUAAAGAGGGACAGGACUCAGAACUAACAGCCCUGCCACUGGCUGGGAUCAUAGGGGGUGCCACCGCAUUAGUAAGCCUGCUUUUAAUCUUUGGCAUCUUCUGCUGGUACGGACAGAGAGCAGGGUACGUAUCUGGGGACUCGGGCUCGUACAACAGGGGCCGGGGUGGGAAACAUUACGAUGACUAUGUAGAGUCAGGCACCAAGAAAGACACUUCCAUCUUAGAGAUCAGGGCCCCUCCUGCAGGGUUUCAGAUGACAGCUAUGGCUCAUCAGCCCCUGCAGCCUAAGCUGGAGGAUGUCACCUACAUCCACACCAUUUUCCCCUCCUCCUCCUCUUCCUCCCAAGCUAACGGGACCUACCGGAGCAGUCACGGAGCAGGCAGCCUCAACGGCACCAUCCUCAGCCAAUCCAGCCACCAUCACGUUACUUAUGGUACCAAUCGUGGCUACAGAGAGGGUGGCAUUCCCGACAUAGAUUAUGCCUACACGUGAUGAUAUAGGGACGCACUCCCUGAGCCACGAACGGCAGGCGCCAUUUCUAUGAUGACGACCUCUCGGCUGGUGGCUGUUUUGUCCUUGGUUUCCAAAGUACCCUCUGUGCCUCUGCUGGUUCAAUUCUGAUUGGUUUGCUAGGUAGAAAAGACUGGUUUCAGCUAUCUUGAUUGGACUAUUGAGUGACAGAAGUAACAGUCCUGCUAUACUCUACUGCUGUAUUCUACAUUAUACAGUAGGUCCUUCUUUCAGCACUACUUAUACUUAUAAAUGGUUACGUUUUCUCUUUUGGGUAUCUCAGUGUCUUUCAAACCUACUGUUCUUCUCAGCUCAUAAUAAUACACAGUAACUUAUUUGAGGUUGAUAUACUAGGCUUAGCUGAUUUAGCAGGAGAUAUAUUUAUAAUAUGAGGAAAAGGCACUUGAUGUGUAUAGAGAUAGCUCUCAUAUCUUCCUACCAACUGUAAGCUCUGUGCUGUAUAGAUAAAAGGGAUGACAGAGGGAGAAUCAAUGGUUGUUAUAACCCACAGAUGACAAUGCAUCAUGGU